UAUUUCCCUUUAACGAGGGUCAUCAUACCCAGUGACAUUUCGCCAGCAAACGGUUGUGGUAGCUAUGUGAAGUGUUGGGCCAAGUAUUGCCCUGUGUCCAAGAUGGACUCUGUGACUGCCGUGAAAGUGUGCUGUGGCAUAGCACUAAUGGUUUGGUGCCUUCGGUGUGGGUCUGCGUCACAUGAUGUCGUUUCUUAUUACAUGGAAGAUAUCUGCGGUCACACGGUCUCAUUUAGUUCAGAGGAGGAAAAUGAGUUUUUGUUUAGCCUGACCAGAGAUGAGAGCAGCUUUGCUGCCAACAUGUACUGUCGAGUAGAAAUAGUCGCAGACCCACGUUUCCAGAUAAUGUUCAAAUUCACACGGCUCGACUUUUCAUCCUCUUCACAUUACUUGUCUUUAUACAGCCGUGCCAUAGGUUGGAGUUAUGGUAUUGACAGGUACAUAAAUGACCUCUUGCACACCCCCGUAUCCACAACCCCAAGUAACAAAGGCAUCCUCCUGUUCAGGAGUGGAACAACCCGUCUCUCUGGGGGAAUGUCUGUUAUAGUCACGAUGUUCAAACAGGCAAACCAGUUUGCGUUUUUCAAUUCCAACUGUGAUGAUGGCUAUUUCCUCUGCGAGAAUGACCGCUGUAUCAGUGAGGACCUGGUGUGUAACACACGUGACAACUGUGGAGACGAGUCUGAUGAAUGGGAUGACUGCUCUCUUCUGCCAUGGUGGAUCUACUUCUUGAUUGCCUUCGGUGUGAUUUUCACACUAUGUGGAAUUACCAUUUGUGUUUGCAAAUCAUUUAAGAAAAAGGCAGAAAGGCCUUCAGUAGCUGUUGAUCCACGCCAGCAGAUAAGCACCAUCCAAACAGGCUUUUCCUACCAAUCUGCCAACACAGUAGUCUCACCAGCCCAAUCCACACAACAUGGUUCAGUGCAGAUGGGCGUGUCCUCCGGAAUGACUCACUACCAGCCGGGAAUGUCUUCCCCCUACAACAAUCAACAGAUGAACCCUCACCAGGUGCCUCCACACAGUCCAGUGCAGAUAGGCGCUUCCUACCCAGCACCCCACACCCCCAUGACAAUGCCAGUGUCUCCACCUGGUUUCAUUCCCCACAGCCCCUCUCAAGAUCCACCUGCCUACAGCGGUCUGGCAAUGAACCCAUCGGCACCACCCCUUGGGACUAUCAUGGAGGAUAAACCAGGACGUCUUCCAAAGUGAGCUGGAGUCCAGCACUGUGAAGUGAUCCAGUUGUACACAAAGACCCGGAACUAGAUCCUUCCUACAAACCCAGGCCUAUGCAUGUACAUAUUCCCUGUGUCUCACAUGAAGCGUAUUUGUAAAUGAAGAACAAUAAAAUCAUCUACAAUUUGAAAA